AUGGCCCGGGUUCUGCCCACGGCGCAAGCAUUGCACGCCGAGGCUGUCAGCAGCACGGCCAUUCGCUUGAGCUGGCAAAGUCCCGAUGUGUCUUUGUCCUCAAAAUAUGUCCUGCGUUACUCCUAUCGAAUUUUUCGUCGGCGCCAGGGCGCCCCCGAGUUUGCGCUGGCUUACACCCAGGACGAUGUGUAUCACGACCAUGUCGUGCAGGGACUUCGUGCUUACACUACCUAUGAAUUUUACGUCCAAACAUUCACCAACCAGCUGGGCGUGGCUGCCGAUGAUGCCCAGUGGCCCUGCACACCGACUGUCACAGCUCAAACCAAGGCCGCAGUACCCUCGGCCUCGCCGACGCAGCUGCGCUUCCUCGUCGUAGACAUGCACCACCUUGAAAUCGCUUGGCAGCCUCCGCCACACCAUCAUCAGGACUCACUUGAAGGCUACAAAUUGUUUAUGGAUGUGCAGGAUAGUGAGGAAUUUACUGAGAUCAAUUUGCCGGCCUCACAAACCUUGUACACUGCCAAUCACUUGCGGCCCGGGACAACCUACCGCUUUCAAGUCCUUGCCUUCAACGCGGCUGGUGAAGGCCCCACUGGACCCAUCAUCAGCAAGCGAACACGCCUACCUCGUAGUCAGAGCUUUACCAGUGGCCAGCAAGAUGAUUGGUCCCUGGAUCCCGAUCACGUAGAGGGCAGCGAAGUUGUACAGAACCAGAAACCACCCAGCCCUCCCCCAUCGUCACGCCCUCAGCCAAAAGCGCUCGGCGUGAGCCACAGCACCAAAGGCAGCUUUGUUCUUGCGCACCCCGUGUCGACUCAAACCAAAUCGGUUCCGGCCAAGCCGGCCUCGAGUCAAGAAAGCCCCAACCAACGCGUGGCCCCACCUCGUCGACGCCUCAAUGAUGCUUGGGUUGUGCCGACCGUGGCAAAAGCUCAAGCUAAUUGCGUGGGCCCGGCCAAACCCUCUGCGGAUGUGGGAUUGACGCCAGCUACACCGACACCCAUGUUGCAAACCCAAACAUCUUUUUCCAUUUUGCCUGGUGCUGCCAAGGCCGCCACGCUGUCCCGUGCAACGUGGGUGCCGUGCAAGCCCAACCAGCCGACGCAGCAUCAGAGCAAGCCCAGCCCCAUCCAGCGCUUACCCAAUGACACGGAGAUGAUGCUCGCAACCCUGGGCAACGGCAAGGCGACGAUCCGAGGCAAACGUCAUGCGGUGCGCAAGACUUUGGAGCGCAUCAAUUCCGUACGCCAGGCACGACAGCAGGACGACCUGAGUCGGGUCUUCGACGACGAAGUCCAAAACCAACGCAUCGUCAUCUACACCACCAGUACAACUGCCAUUCGAGAGACACACAUCCACUGCGAAGCUGUUAAAGCCUUAUUCUACCGUCUCAGGCUUAAAGUGACUCUCAAGAAUAUAGCCAUGGACAAGCAGGCGGCCGACGAACUACGUCGGCGUGCCCCCGGUGCCAAGCCACCGCAAGUGUUUGUGGCUGGCACGCAUUUUGGCGAUUGGGAGCAGGUGGAACGCAUGGCCGAGCAAGGUACCUUGCAGCGCCAAUUGCAGGGCUACGCCGAGCGGCCACUGGAGGACUGCAGAACGUGUGGCGGCGAGGGUUACGUCCUCUGCACUUGGUAG